UUCAUCCAAAAAUUACCUUCUAGCUUUUGUUACAGGCUAGGCUUGACGAUAAGAAGAUAAAUAUCAUAUCAAUCAUAGAAGAUUUUACAUUAAAAGUAUUUCCUGAUGCAGUCACAGAGUUAUAUCUGGACCUCCAAAAUUAUGUGUACAUUGUGACACAAACCGGCCUCGAGCAUACAACAGAGCAACACGUCCGAAUCGCUAGACGAGUGAUAUCCGAGGGAGUACCAUGGUUUUUUAGUCGAUAUGACGCGCCAAGACUUUCUAGUUUACCUAAACAUGUUAUUCAUCUUCUCUAUAAAAACCACCACGUCGCUUUCGUACCGUUCAAAUACGAAUUCGGUGCAAUAGUGCUAGAAAUAUGGAAUACAUCAGCGUACACUGCGCACGACAGAGUUCUGAUUGAGCGGUUGCCGCAACUCGUCGGGUUGACCCUGCCGUAUCACAGCCGGUAUCAUUAUCUGUUGCAGGAGUCGAAGAUGUCGGAAUUUCUAUUGCAGGUGGCGCAGGCAGUAUUCGAAGAGAUGCUAUCUCUGGACCAAUUAAUCAAGAAGAUUCUAGAAGUGGCCCAGCAUCUGGUGAGCGCCGACAGGGCAUCCCUCUUUCUCGUUGACCACAGGAACAUGGAACUGGUUUCCACGGUCUUCGAUCUCAAAUACGAAACAGAGCAGGACAGCGACUUCUCAAAGAAAGAGAUAAGAAUGCCGAUUAAUAAAGGGAUCGCUGGACAUGUGGCUACAUCUGGAGAAACAAUGAAUAUUCCCGAUGCAUAUUCGGAUCAAAGAUUUAACAAGGCAGUAGACGAAGCUACCGGCUAUCGUACUGUCAGCAUCCUGUGUAUGCCAAUCAAAGUGAGGGGUAAGAUUCUAGCGGUCGUCCAGAUGGUCAAUAAAAGAGACAAGCGGGCUUUCGGAGCCGACGACGAAUCAGCGUUUCAAGUAUUCUCUACGUUUUUUGGACUAGCUUUACACCACGCAAAGCUAUACGAUAAAAUAAAAAGGAAAGAACAGAAGUAUAAAGUAGCACUGGAAGUGCUUGGCUAUCAUAACGCCUGCUCCGAAGAAGACGUUGAAACUGUUCUUAAAGAAAGAAGAAAACGAGCAACGAUCAACUAUAAUGAUUUCGCUUUAAAUCCUUUUGAUGUUAACGAUACUGAGAAAUGUAAAGGGAUUCUAAGUAUGUUUGAUGAUUUGUUCGAUAUAACCAAGUUUGACGUAACAGUUUUAACCAGAUUUGUUUUGACCGUGAAGAAGAAUUACAGAAAAGUGCCUUAUCACAAUUUUGAUCACGGCUGGGCGGUUGCCAACUCCAUGUAUGUCAUGUUGAAACAUGAUACUGAAAACAGAUUUAAUUAUAACAAUAGGUUAGCAUUAUUUGUGGCUAGUUUGUGCCACGAUUUAGAUCACAGGGGAUACACUAACAAGUUCAUGAGCGAAAUAGCGUCGCCUUUAGCCGCCAUAUAUACAACUUCUACCUUAGAGCACCAUCAUUUUAAUAUGACAGUAACCAUACUCCAACAGGAUGGUCACAAUAUUUUCUAUCAGAUGUCGAGCGGGGAAUACAAAGAUGUCCUGGACUCGAUUCGCCAGUGUAUUCUGGCCACAGAUCUUGCUGCAUUUUUUCCUAAUUUAAAGAGGAUUAAUAAACUCGUUUUGGAGACAUCCCAGUUUGAUUGGAACGAUGAAAGUCAUAGGGUCCUUGGCCAGAGUUUCUGCAUGACAGGCGCGGACCUCAGCGCUUCAGCGAAGCCGUUCGAAGCCCAGCUCCAAACGGUGGAAAUAAUUUUCGACGAGUUCUAUCAACAGGGUGACCUGGAGAGGCAAGCAGGCCGCUCCCCAAUCGCGAUGAUGGACCGCCGACGACAAGACCAGCUCCCAUCAUGCCAGGUCGGAUUCCUGAGCCAAAUAUGCCUGCCAUGCUACACCAUCCUAGCAGCCUUGUUCCCCAAAACCAAACCAAUGGUGGAAAUGGUCACCGCUAACCUGGAGAAUUGGAAGGCGAGGUCAAAAGAGCUCGAAAAGAGUAAAGAGGAAUAA